AUGGAGGUGUCUGAAGCCUGGACCAGACCCCAGGCAACUGCACACUGCUGCAGCUCUGUGCUCCGGGACACCACGGCAUUCAGGACAUGCCUGCAGCAGCCUCUGCAGAAGCCCGCCAUCACAUCCCCAGCACGUGUGCCACUGUCACAGUGUGUGGAAGGAACAGGGGAGGCCCGCCUGCCUGAGCACAGACCUGCCGCCGAGACCGCUGCCGCCAGGACGUGCAAGCCAGUGGCCGCGGGCCCGGGCCCCAGCAGUCUGCACGCUGGGCCCUGCAGUUCGGGGACAUCCGCAAGCCCCCUCGCUCCAAAGACGGACCGCCCACCACCCGUUUCGUCGCGGGCAGUGAAUGCCGCCCGGCAGGGGCCCAACGGCGCCGGCGGCGGCUCCACCCACCGCGCCGCGGCCCGGCCCCCUAGGAGCAGGCCGGGGAAGCCCCAAACCAAGACCGCCGCCAGCUCGUCCCGGAAGGGCCCGCCAGCGCGCCACGAACCGGGACCUCUGUGGGACACCCACCGUGCCGGUCGGCUGAACGCCCAAGCGGGCCGCAGCACCAUCCCCGGGCGCCCCGCCGUAACCGACCUCGGGUUCUGCGCACGGAAGCUCCGGGCCGGAGCCCGCGAGCUGCGGACUGGACGGGAACGGGCUGUCCAGGGGCCCCGAGGCCCCGCGUCUCCUGGCCCCACUCGAGCCGGGUCCGACGAGUGGGACGCGCGGCCGAGGCGCCGGCGCAGUCCCGCGGCGCGCACUUACCUCUCCCCGUCGCCGCGCGUGGGCCGCCGCCGCGCUCAGGAUCGCCGUGGUCGAGGCUGGAGCAGGGAGCGAAGAGUGGGGCCCGCGCGGAACAGCAGCACCGCCGCAGGGCCGCCACCGCUGCCGCCGCCUCAGCCGCCUCAACCUCUUCAGCUUCCAAGAUGGCCGCUCGUGAGGCAGAGCCAUCCUCAUUUCCGAUUCCGGCCCAGCCGCUCUCUGAGGCCCCGGCCCCUCCCCAGUGACCCAGAUGUGGGUGUGGACCCAGCUGCUGACCUUGGGCCCCCAACCAAGGUGUCCCCCUUGGACCAGGCUGGAGCAGUGGCCCAAGCAGCUGCUGAGGGGCCUGGGACCCGCAAGUAUCCCCAGGCCCAGCCCCCGCCGCCCCCGCCGCCCCCGCCGCCCCCACAGACUGAAGGGGAGCGGGGGGAGAGGCUGCUGGAGCUGCACGGCUCCUUCAGGGAGCUGUUCACCUUCUUCUUCGCCAACGCCACCAUGCACGGCGCAACCCGCCUGGUCUGCUCCAGCCAGAACCGUCUGAAGGCGGCGUCCUGGGGGCUGCUGUUCCUGGGCGCCCUGGGCGCCCUCUACUGGCAGUUCGGGCUCCUCUUCGGGCAGUACUGGCGCCACCCCGUCAUCCUGACCAUGUCCGUGCACUCAGAUCGGAAGCUCUUCCCCUCUGUCACUCUGUGCGACCUGAACCCACACCGGCCCAGACUGGCGCGCAGACCCCUGCAGGCUCUGGACGAGUUUGCCAGCGAGAAUAUCUACGCUCUCUACAAGUUCAACUUCAGCGGGAGUGGGGACGCCCCCCGUGCGCAGGCGCCGGGCCCAGAGUCCGCCUUCCAGCUGGACCGCACAAUCCGUCUGCAGAGGCUGAGCUACCCGGAAGGCCAGAACCAAGUGGGCUUCAGGCUGUGCAACAGCACCGGCGGCGACUGCUUCUACCGAACCUACCUGUCCGGUGUGAAGGCUGUGCGCGCCUGGUACCGCUUCCACUACGUCAACAUCCUGGCCGCGCUGCCCGUAGACCGAGAGGACGGCCCCCGCGGCCACGGCGACCACGGCGACCACUUUGUCUUCUCUUGCCGCUACGACAGUCAGGACUGCCAGGCCCGGCACUUCCAGACGUUCCACCACCCCAUCUACGGCAGCUGCUACACCUUCAACAGCGAGUGGGCGGCACAGCGCCCCGGCAUCACUCAUGGGAUCAGCCUAGUGCUCAGGGCGGAGCAGCAGGACCACCUCCCGCUGCUGUCCUCGGAGGCUGGCAUCAAGGUCAUGGUUCACAAGCGCGACCACAUCCCCUUCCUGGAGCACCGAGGCUUUAGCAUCCGCCCAGGCACUGAGACCACCAUCCGCAUCCGAGAGGACGAAGUGCACCGGCUCGGGAGCCCCUACGGCCACUGCACGGAUGGGGUGCAGGGUGUGGAAGUCCCGCUGCUGUACAACACCUCCUACACCAUGCAGGCCUGCCUCGUCUCCUGCUUCCAGAAGUUGAUGCUGGACACCUGCUCCUGCGGCUACUACUUCUACCCCCUGCCCCCUGGGGCUCAGUACUGCAGCUCUGUACGGCACCCAGCUUGGGGCCACUGCUUCUACCGCCUCUAUAGAGAACUAGAGACCCACCGGCUUCCUUGCACCUCACGCUGCCCCAGGCCCUGCAGGGAGUCUUCAUACAAGCUCUCUGCUGGGACCUCCAGGUGGCCUUCCUCCAAGUCCAGGGACUGGAUCCUUGCCGAGCUGGGCAAACAGAGGCCCGGGGGCCCGAGCCCCAGGAGGGGGCACUCCACCUCCUCUGCUGGUCACGUCCUGGCCCCUCUGCCUGCCAGCCUCCCACUCCGGGGCCCCCAGGGAGGGGCCCCGCCACACAGGCCCCAGGCCCAGCCCCUCCCACCUCCGCCCAACCCCAGGAGCAACGUGGCCAAGGUGAACAUCUUCUACCAGGAGCUCAACUACCGCACGGUGGAUGAGACGCCUGUGUACUCGGUGCCGCAGCUGCUGUCAGCCAUGGGCAGCCUCUGGAGCCUGUGGUUCGGCUCGUCCGUCCUCUCCGUCCUGGAGCUGCUGGAGCUGCUGCUCGAGGCCACGGCCCUGGCCCUGCUGCUGGGCUGCCGCCGGCUCCGCCGCACACGGGGGUCCCAGCCCAUGGCUGUCCACCCCAAGCCAGAGACCAACCAGUCGCCCGGUGACUACAGGCGUGAUGUCCAACACCCAGGGCCCCAGCCGGCGAUGCUUCCCAGGGAUCUGGCAGGAGUCUCAGCCGAAGAGCUAGGUCAAGUGUGUGUCUGCCAAGACUCCUGACACUGAGCCAGCCUGAACUUAGUCUCAGCUGGGGGCUGUAGCAGCGGCAGGCUGCCCAGGGUCAGCACCAGACCAGCACCGGAGGGCCUCCCUGGCCAGCCGAGCAAAGCCUAGGGCCUAGGAAGCAGCGGCAUCGGAGCCCGAGGGCUGGCAAGCAGGCCCAGGGCAUGGAGCACAUGAGGGUCUCUGGUCAGUACGGCCACUCUGCCCACUGGCGGCCUCACAGCUCUCAAGGAGCCCGGGCAGGGAGGAGGAGCAUCCCCGCCACGCUGGAUUCCCAUUCCAGGUGCGACUGCCUGUGCACGUGCGAUGGCAGUGAGCACGCCCAUGCACAUGUGUGUUGGCGUGUGUGUGCCUGCGUGUAUCCAUGCAAGUAUGAUGCCUUGGGGUGCCUCCACACAGGAGUGUGUCUGUGUUUGGUGUCAUGUGUUUGCCUGUGUGUGUGGGUGUGCACAAGCAUGAGACAGAGCCUUCCCCCGCUCAGGGCGGGUGGGAGGAAGAGCAAGCCCGGUCUGAGGCGCUUGGUGA